CCCGGGGGGUCCUGGACGCCUCGGGGUCCUUCCGGGUGUACUGGGACGUGCUGGGAGCCCCCCCGGGCUGGGCCCGCGACCCCCGCCCCGAGCUGGUGCUGGCCACGCACGGCAGCCCCGGGCGGGCGGCGGCGGCGCUGGGGGGGUCCUGGGGGGGCCCCCUGUCCCUGGCGGUUUUUGGGGAGCCUCGCGGGGGGCUGCAGCAGCUGAUGGAGGUUCUGGGGGGGCCCUGCCGCGCUCUGCGGGGCCGCCUCAGGCUGCAGGUGGUGCAGGGGGCGGCGGGACCCCCACCCAAAUUCCCCGCCCGCACGCAGCCGCCAGCGGGAGCCCCCCGAAAAACCGGGGGGUGUCGGGGGGCUCUGGCCAGGCUGGCGGCCGCCGACCCCCCCAGUUACACUUUGGGGGUGCCGUACCCCGGGAAUCUGCUGAGGAACGUGGCCUGGGAAGGGGCGGCCGGGGGGGGCCCCGGCGCGGGACCCCCGCCCAAAUUGGGGGGGCGCUUCGUGCUGAUGGUGGACGCGGACGUGGUGCCGAGCCCGGGGCUGCGCGAGGGGUUCCUGCAGCUGCUGCGGGACGGGGGGCUGGACCCCCGGAACUGGGGGGGACAGGGGGGGCUGCACCCCCAAAACCGGGGGGGACAGGAUCCCCAAAACUGGGGAGGACAGGACCCCCAAAACUGGGGGGGACAGGGGACACUGGGGGACCCCAAAGCUCCGGGGGCUCAGAGGGAUUUGGAGGCUCAGGGGGAUUUGGGGAACCCCAAAAUUUUGGGGGCUCCCAGUAGGCUGGGGGUCCCCAAUGCUCUGGGGGUCCCCAAUGCUCUGGGAGUCCCCAAUGUCCAAAAGAACCCCAAAAGUUUAUUGGACCCCAAAGGGGGUGUCCAGGCCCUGAGUGACCCCAAAACCCUGAGUGACCCCCAUGCCCUGAGUGACCCCAAGGCUCUGAGUGACCCCAACCCCCAGAGUGACCACAAUGCCCUGAGUGACCACAACGCUCUCAAUGACCCCAACCCCCUGAGUGACCCCAAUGUCCAGAGUGACCCCAACACCCUGAAUGACCCCAAAACCCAGAGUGACCCCAAUGUCCAGAGUGACCCCAACGCCCUGAGUGACCCCAAAGCUCUGAGUGACCCCAACACCCAGAGUGACCACAAUGCCCUGAGUGACCACAACGCUCUCAAUGACCCCAAAGCCCAGAAUGACCCCAACGCCCUGAGUGACCCCAAAACCCCGAGCGCCCCCCCCUCCUCGGCCCCCCCCUGGGCUCGGGCUCUCUUCGUGCUGCCGGCCUUCGAGCUGCGGGGGUCCCGCGCCCCCCCGGCCUCCAAGGCGGAGCUGCUGCGGCUGUGGGGGGUGGGCGAGGCCCGCCCGUUCUACGGGGCGCUGUGCCCCCGCUGCCAGGCGCCCACCGCCUUCGGCCGCUGGCGGGCGCUGCCCCCCGCCCCCCCUGGGGGGUCUGGGGGUCCCGUUGUGACCCCGCGCCCCCAGGCCUGCGAGCUGCACGUGGCCGGGUUCCGCUUCGCCGUGCUGGACGGGGCCUUCGUCACCCACCGGGGCUGGAAGGAGCCGGGCCGGUUCCACCGCGGCCGCGAGGCCGAGCUGGGCCAGAACCGGCGCCGCUACCGCGACUUCCGGCGGGGGCUGAGGCUGCGGUACCCGGGGAGCGCCCGCCGCUGCUGAGACACCUGGGACACACCUGGGACACACCUGGGACAGCUGGGACACACCUGGGACACCUGGGACACACCUGGGAACCUCCCAAUGGACACCUGGGGACACUUGGGACAGCUGCGGACACCAGGGAACCUCCCAACGGACACCUGGGACAGCGGGGACACACCUGAGACACACCUGGGACAGCUGGGCCAGAGCUGGGCCGGAACGAGGGGCUCAAACCGUGAUACCCAGGGAGCGCCCGCUGCUGCUGAGACACCUGGGACACCUGGGAACCUCCCAAUGGACACGUGGGACACACCUGAGACACACCUGGGACACACCUGGGGACAGCUGGGAGCCCCGCAAUGGACACGUGAAGGACCUGCUGUGAACACCUGGGGACACCUGGCACAGCUGGGGACCCGCCGGGACAGCGGGGGACACACCUGGGACACACCUGGGACACACCUGGGACACCUGGGGACCUUCAAAUGGACAUGUGGGGUCACCUGGCACACCUGGGGACCCUCCCUGGACACCUGGGUGCCCCCCGGACGUGGGGGUGACCGUCCCUCAGUAAAUUCGGCCGCCUACCCAUGAUGCCUCGGUGCGGGUGACGUCAUGGGGGCGGGGCGAGCAGCUGCCUCCGGUACGGACCAGUAACGCCCGGGGCACGAGGCGGAGACCCCGCCCGAGUUGUUUGUCACGGUAAACUACAGCUCCCAGCAUGCAGCGGGCGCCAACAUGGCCGAACUUCCGCCCUUUUU